AUGAUUCUAUGGGUGAAGCCAUCAUCAUUUUUGGUUGAAAACCAGCAGUCAGAGACACCUCCAAUUACAGCAUUUCAUGGCAAAGCGAAAGCAUGGGGGUUGACGUCAAAACCAAUCAAGCGAUUGAAAAUCGAAACAAUAGACACAUUUGAUGAGGAUGAGCACUUCUCACAGUGGAGUAACUGGUCACCAUGCAGAAAACCAGGCGAAAGGAGAAUCCGGCGCCGAAAAUGUUUCAAUUUGCGUAAAUGUGUUGGCGCAUUGAUGGAAGUCGGGGAAUGUCCUAAAGACGAAGCCGAAUCACUGCCUGCGGACAGCAGAGGACUUGGAGCAGCACAAGAACUACCGUUUUCGAUAAAUGAAAAGGAGAAGACUGAGAGUGGAGCACCACCGGGCAUUGUACCAGUAGCGCAGAAACCAGAGCCUGAACUGAAAAUAGUAGAAGACCGAAAUGAAGCCAUUUGGUCUCCAUGGCCAGAAGUUUGUCAGGUGAACUUCGUAUAUUUUAAUUUUUUUUAA